AUGUCUGCUAGUAGCUAUACAAAUAAGACAUUUGCUGGAAUAAAAGCUGCAAACUUAGAUCAAAUUAACAAGAAAUUUAUUUGCGUGUAUUGUGAACACAUAUUACAGAGUCCAACGCAACUUCUGUGUUGCGGCAUAUUGCUGUGCAAACAUUGUUUGACAAAAGGAUUGUCCAGCAGAAAACCUUUUCUUUGUCCAUAUUGUCAUGAAGAACAUGAAACAAAAGAAGCAUCACCCGAUCGUGGUCUCGCAAGAGAAUUGAAUAUGGUUAUCCUCACAUGCUAUUUGUGCUCGUGGAAUGGAUCGUACAAAGAUUAUCUGAACCAUUUACAAGACAUGCAUGCAAAUUUAGAAUGUGCCGAUUGUCAUGAACACUUUUCUACGAUAAAUCUAUUUGAGGAACAUCGGCAAGAAUUAUGCAUUCAUCGAUCUGUGCCGUGUGGAUUGCCUGACUGUGCAAAUUCGAUAAAAUGUUACGAUAUGGAAGCACACUAUGUCACUGAUCUACAUCAGUAUAGUUUAAUUAUGAUGAUUUUGCAAUAUAUUGGCUCAAAUCAUGAUAAAUCAGUAAUAACGAAUCGUUCUAACAUAAUAAUUAGAGAAUUGAUGGAUAUUCAGGAGAAUGUUAACCUUGUUUUCUCAAUCUAUGAAAUUCUAUUAAAGGAUUGCGACCGUUUAAAAACCGACUUAAGUCAAAUAGAAAUACUUUUGAAUCAAAAUUCUAGCGAAACAAAGAAAUUAGCAGAACGCAACCAUGAAAAUGAAAAAGCCAUGAAAGAAUUACGCGACGGCACAAAUCGUUUAGAAGAACUACUGAAAGCUACGGAAAGAGACAUAGAAGAAAUUCCAAGUCUACUAUUAGAUAGUGAUGCGACUGUAACGCUACGUUUCAUUUAUCCUAACUCUUCGCUAUUUUCAUUGGAUUCGCCAAAAUUCAGGACUUCAGAAUAUGGUCAUAUAUUCUCGAUUUCUGUACGUUCAACCAUUGAAGCAGAAAAAUGGUACUUGUCGAUUUUUCUAACAUUAUAUAAUGGGGAAUAUAGCAACCUCCUUUCGUAUCCAUUUUCUUUUCCUAUCCAUUUCGUUUUAUGGGACCAAUCUAACAAACAACAGCACAUUACAUACAUCUUAAAACCAGAUCCAAAUGCACCUGCAUUUAUGCGCCCUAACAGUGAAAAGAAUGAAGAAUAUUGCAUCAAAAACUUGUGUCCGCUUGAAGCUAUUACAGAUUCCGAAAGUGCCUAUGUGAAAGAUGGUGUUUUUUUUAUUCGACUGUUUAUUGACUUCUUCAAUGUUGGAGAAAAUCCAUUCCAGUCAGAGAAAUAUCUUAAUCAUAAUGAAUUCAUAUCCUCCGAAAAAAUGUUAACAGAAUAA